AUGGAGGAAAUGGAAGAAACAACUUUUAUUUUAACAACGUAUGGAAGUAAACAAAACUUGCAAUUGUUCUGUUGUAAUUUACCAAAAAUUGAAUUACACGCUCAUAUAAAUGGUUCAAUAAGCUCUAAAACACUGCAAGAUUUAGUUGAUAAAAAGAAAGAUAAAAAACCACAUUUGUCAAAUUUCAAAAUACCAAAGAAAAGAUUAGCUAUAUUUUACGACUUUUUUGAAAUAUUCAAACUCGUUUAUCAGCUUAUAGAUGAUGAAGAAUCAUUGGCAUAUAUAACCGAAUCAAUUAUUCUUGACUUUGAAAAUGAUGGUGUAAAAUAUUUAGAGUUGAGAUCAACUCCAAGGAAAAAUGAAAAUAAUGGAAUGACCAAAGAAUCAUAUGUUAAAACAAUAAUUUAUACCAUACAAAAAUUAUCAAUUACUUCUAAAAUAAUUGUAAGAUUGAUACUUAGUAUUGACCGUUCAAUCACUUUAGAAGAAGCUAUAGAAACUGUUGAUUUGGCUAUUAAAUAUAAAGAAUUGGGUGUUGUUGGAGUAGAUUUAUGUGGCAAUCCUUCAAAAGGUCAUUUUGAUAUUCUAAAACAGGCUUUUAUUAAAGCACAAAAUAAUGGUUUAAAAGUAACUUUGCAUUUUGGUGAGGUUGAUGAAACAAUUCCUGAGCAUCCUUCAAUGUUAUCAAUUUCACCUGACAGAAUUGGCCAUGCAACACAUCUUGAUCCAGAUUCUAAAAAAUAUUUAGCUGAAAAUCCAAUACCUAUAGAAAUGUGUAUGACAUCUAAUAUAUUAUUAAAUUCUGUUAAAAGUUAUCAAGAACAUCAUAUUAAAGAUUUUCUGUUUAUUAAAUAUCCAUGUUGUCUUUCUACUGAUGAUAAAGGUGUUUUCUUUUCUGAUCUUUCUGAUGAGUAUGCAAUAGCUGCUUCAACUUUUUCAUUAACACAACAACAACUUUAUGAACUUUCAUAUCAAUGCAUUGAUUGUAUAUUUGAUAAUGAU